CCACUAGCCCUCUGUCCAAAAGCAUUCAAAAACCUUAGCAACCGACUGCACAUUCAAAUUUUCGAAUCUCCUUCCCUCUCUCUGCAUCCCUCUAGCUAAACCCUAGCCAGUACCACUUCUCAUCUUUCUCCUCUUUCGCAAUCGAUCCCGACAUGACAGCUGUCGUCCCUCCGCCGGGCUCCGGCCGCGAGCUCUCCAGCCCACCUUCCGACGGAAUAUCCAACCUCCGCUUCUCUAAUCACAGCGACCAUCUCCUCGUCUCCUCUUGGGACAAGAGUGUGAGAUUGUAUGAUGCGAGUGCUAAUGCGUUGCGAGGAGAGUUUAUGCAUGGGGGACCAGUGCUUGAUUGCUGCUUCCAUGAUGACUCCUCUGGGUUUAGCGCUAGUGCCGAUAAUACUGUGCGACGGCUGGUUUUUAGCUAUGGUAAGGAGGAUAUUUUGGGAAGGCAUGAUGCACCUGUUCGCUGUAUUGAGUAUUCAUAUGCAGCAGGGCAAGUCAUCACUGGUAGUUGGGACAAAACACUGAAAUGUUGGGAUCCCAGAGGAGCAAGUGGACAGGAGCGCACUCUCGUUGGCACAUAUCCACAACCUGAGCGUGUUUAUUCUUUAUCUCUUGUUGGCAAUCGUUUAGUAGUAGCUACUGCAGGAAGACAUGUAAAUAUUUAUGAUUUGCGAAAUAUGUCUCAACCUGAGCAACGAAGGGAAUCUUCACUGAAAUAUCAAACUCGAUGUGUGCGUUGUUAUCCCAAUGGUACAGGAUAUGCUCUUAGUUCAGUUGAAGGGAGGGUUGCAAUGGAGUUUUUUGAUCUUUCAGAGGCUAGUCAAGCAAAAAAAUAUGCAUUCAAAUGUCAUCGAAAAUCAGAGGCUGGAAGGGACAUUGUCUAUCCUGUAAAUGCUAUUGCAUUUCAUCCUGUUUAUGGUACAUUUGCAACUGGAGGUUGUGAUGGAUUUGUUAAUGUGUGGGACGGGAACAAUAAAAAGAGGCUUUAUCAGUACUCAAAGUAUCCGUCAAGCAUUGCAGGACUCUCAUUUAGCAGAGAUGGUCGUCUGUUGGCUGUGGCAUCAAGCUACACAUUUGAAGAGGGAGACAAACCGCACGAACCAGACGCUAUAUUUGUGCGCAGUGUAAAUGAAAUUGAAGUCAAGCCAAAACCAAAAGUGCUCCCCACCCCUCCUGCUUAAUUAAAUUGCUGAAGCCCCAUUUUAUGUGGUAUUCUCAAAUAUACGUGGUAGUAUUUAGUGAUUUUCUAUGGGCUUCAUUUCUCUAUUAUGAAGCUGUCUAAACUUCAUAUGAAAACUGGUUUAAUUGAGCAAGAAUUCUUCUCCUUGUUUUUCUUUUCCUCUUUCGCCCUCAAUAUUUGAAGAAAUCAUUGUAGGUUUAUGCUCAAAGCUGAACAUGUUGGAUUCUGUAUAUACUGGAUUUCUAUUUCUUUCUAUAUAUGCAAAUGUUUGUGAGCGCAA